AUGGCCCUGGCAUCAGCAGCAAGCUUGGGCCCUCGGCGACUCCUGGAAAGUCCUGCCCGAGGGCCCCCGCCCCCGCCGUCAGCCUCAGGCUGUAACCUUCAAGAAGCUGACGUGAUUUUCUUUUUUGAUGGCUCUGAGUGAGUUACUAUGACAACUUUCUUGUCAGACUUAAUUGAUAAUUUUGACAUUCAGUCUCAAAAAAUUAAAAUUGGGAUGGCUCCAUUUGGGGGCCAGUACCAAGAAAUUAUUCAGUUGGAAAAUACACUGAUUACAACCCAAUAGAAGACUUGAGUUCAAACUGUCAUCAAAAGCAAUGGAUUUCCACGAAUCGACCUGGCCCUGAAACAAGUGAGUGUCAUGUUUGAAUCAUCUGCUGGAGGGAGAAUGAAUUCUGGAGUCCCUCAAACUUUGGUUGUUAUCACAUCCACGGAUCCCUUCUAUAAUGUGACAGAUGCAGUAGAAAUCCUGAAAAAACAUGAAAUUUGUGUCCUGGUUUUGGGCAUAGGAGAUGUUCAUAAGGAACAGCUUCUGCCAAUAACAGGCAAUCCUGAAAAAAUAAUCACUUUUCAAGACUUCAGUAAAUUGAAGAAUGUGGAUGUGAAAAACAGAAUGGUCCGUGAAAUCUACCAGAGCUGUGGGAAAACCAAUUGCUUUGUGGACAUAGUGGUCAGGUUCGACCUCUCCACUCAUGGGCUCAGGCAGCAUUUUGACAGCCACCCUCAGCUGGAAUCAUACCUCCCAGGCAUCUUAGAGGGCCUCACCUCCAUCAGGGGAGGGAACUGUGGGGCAGGCGCAGAGGUGCAGGUGAGCAUGGCCUUUAAGGUGAACAAUGACCAAGAACUCCCUGCCAGGUUCCAAAUCUCCCAGAUAAGGAUAUUUGACCACCUGCUGCAAGUCACCUUCAAUGGGCCGAGUCAUCUGAAUGCAGAGUUCUUGCAGUCUCUGUGGGACACGUUUGAGGAUAAAUCUGCAUCCCGAGGACAGGAAACCUGGUCACAUUUUGUGCUGCUCAUCUUUUCAGAUGGUUGGGGUGAAAGCAUCCCAAUGCUAGAAAAUCAAUCGGACAGGCUCAGGGAAGCAGGGCUUGAUGCUCUGCUGGUGGUCUCCCUGAACACAACUGCUCAAGAGGAUUUUUCCAGUUUUGAAUUCGAAAAAGGAUUUGAUUACAGGACUCACUUGACCAUUGGAAUGAGAGAACUGGGCACAAUGCUAGCACAGUAUCUGGGAAACAUUGCAGAGAGGACUUGCUGCUGUACCUUCUGCAAGAGUUCAGAGACUCCAGGACCUCACAGGACCCGAGGACCACUAGCCUUGAAGGCUGGUUUUCCGGGUCUGAAAGGCAGCAGAGGAUACAGGGGAGACGAUGGAGACCCUAACAGAUGGACCAAACACAUCUACCGACCCCCUAGGGAAGCCCGAGACAUGGGUGAAGCGAUGAGGUCUGUGGCCCGGAAUGUCUUCAGGCGGACGCAUGCAGGAGCCAGCGUGAGGAGAGUCGCCGUGUUUUCCAGCAAUGGGCAAACGACUCGCCGGACGUCACUCAUCACAGCCGCCGUGGAGCUGAGCGCCCUGGGCAUCAGCCUAGCAGUCUUUGCUUUUAAUGAGAUUUUUCUUGAUGAGUCUUUUGGGUUUGACAACAGUGGAACACUUCGGGUGAUCCCAGUUUCUCCAAAUGGUGAAUAUGAACCAUUAGAAAGACUUCAGCUCUGUACACUUUGCUAUGAUAAAUGUUUCCCAAAUGCUCGCAUCAAAGAGAUCUUUUUACCUGAAAAUUCAUACAUGGAUGUAGCCUUCCUCUUAGAAAAUUCUCAGAAUAUAGGAAGUGAUGCGUUUAAGGCUAUGAAAACCUUGGUUAGCUCAAUGCUUGACAACUUCCACAUUGCUUCAGAGCCAUUAAUCUCAGCCCAUGGUGAUAAGCUUGUCUUACAGAACUAUUCUCCUCGGGAUAGAAAGAAGGGUGCAGCAAAAGCAGAGUUUGAGUGUACAACUUACGACAGCCAAGUCCUAAUGAAGAGCCGCAUCCAGACUUCCCUCCAGCAGCUGGCCGUGCCCUGCUGUGGACCCCAAACACCCAACCUGAGGAAACACAAAGUCAUCUUCGUGGUCUCAGCUGGAGAAAAUCAUGAGAGAAAGGAAUUCUUAAAGAAGACGGCUCUGAAGACCAAGUGACAAGGCUAUGUCAUAUUUGUGAUUUCUCUGGGUUCUACACAUAAGGAUGACAUGGACGCGUUAGCCAGCCACCCACUUGAUCACCACCUGAUACAGCUUGGGAGAAUUCAUAAACCAGAUAUGGAUUAUAUUGUAAAAUUCUUAAAGCCAUUUGUGUACUCAGACGAGAAUUCAAUCAGUAUCCACCGCCAAUGCUUGAGAAAGCCUGUGGUCUCAUUAGGGCGGAAGAAGCACAUAAUCUCCUGCGAGUUAGACGGCUCUGAUGUUUACAGUUUUGCUUCUGAGCUGCAUGAGAUUUCGUCCGGAGAGAACAGCUUCAUUGACCAGGAAUUAAGUACCAGGAGAGACUCAUCUCUUGUGCUGGAGGAUAGUGGAGGUGACCAUUUGGUCUACAUUCCGAGCUAAAAGCUGAUGCUACAGGAGUUAACGAGUAAAUAUGAAAAGGAUAAGGAUUCUGAAGAAAUUGCAAGUCUUACUUCUGGUAAGGAAAUGAAAAAAAUGAGAGAGGAGUCGGCAUUUCCUUAUGAGCCUGGAGAUGUCUCUCUUCAAGAAUAUCAUAUGUAUGUGGCUUCCCUCAUAGAUGCUUCCCAAAGAGUAGGAAAUGAUGAGUUUAAGGAAGUGAAAACUUUUAUAAGCUCAGUGCUUGGUUACCUUCACAUUGCCCCAGAUCCACUGACCUCCAGCUUAGGAGACGAGGCUGUCCUGAGCUACUCUCCUGCAGGCUAUGUGCCCAACACUGAGGAAUGUCCUGUCUGCCUGGAAUUUGAUUUGGUUACUUCUAACAGUAUGAGCCAAAUGAAACAUCAUGUCCAAGAAAAUCUUCAACAGCUCAGUGGAGAUGUUUUUAUAGGUCAUGCCCUGCAGUGGACAGCUGAAGUCCUUGUGGGAACCCCCAGCCUGAGGAAAAACAAAGUUAUCUCCGUCAUAUUUGCUGGCGAGACCAACCCCUUAGACAAGGAAGUCUUAGGAAAUGUAUCUCUGAGAGCCAAGUGUCAGGGCUAUGCCAUAUUUGUGUUUUCCUUUGGCCCUACACACAAUGACAAGGAACGAGAGGAAUUAGCCAGCCACCCACUGGAUGGGCACUUAGUCCAGCUUGGCCGGAUCCACAAGCCAGAUCUGAGCUAUAUCACCAAGUCUGUCAAGCCAUUUGUCCAUUUAAUCAGACGUGCCAUCAACAAAUAUCCCCCUGCAGGUCUGAGCCCCGAGUGUGGUGACGUCAGCUCCCUCAAUCCAGAGAACGCUGGCACAGAAAACACUGUGUUGUUAGUUGACAAAUUCGCUUGGUCAAGUUUCAUCCACACCCUGCAUUUGGACUAUUCCAAUCGCAUGCAUAAAAUUGAUUCCUGGUGCAGCAUCUGCCCGUAUUCACACUCAGUCCCGCGAGGGACGUGGCCGGUGUGUGUCUCGUCUCCCGUCUCUGUCACCUCGGCCGGACUCCCGAGGCGCACCGGGCAGGGGCAGCAAGCAGCGGGCUGUGUGGUGACUGUGGCCCCCUUUGCACGUCCUUGUGGGAGGGGACAAUCGCAGGACUGGCUCCGGGACACUGCUGACCGGAUCUGGGAGUCAUACCUGCUCUUUUCAGCUGGGGAGCUGCUGCUGAGAGACAAGGAAGCGGCACAUGCAGAAGGAAAUGGGAAGCAACGAGAUCAAAAAGGUACCAGUAGAACUGGAGACUCCGAGUUUCCUUUGUUGGGAUUUUCCCCUGGUGGAAGAUGA